UGUACUCAGUUCAUAACCAUAAAUAUCUUGCCACAAAUUUUGAAUCCUAUUCGAUUUCAAUCUCACGACAAAAGUGUCAUCGUCCUUUGUUGUCACCGCCACAACCACCAUUCUAACCUUCUUCCACUUGUUUCUUUUCAUACUUCAACCCUAACCUAUCUUUUCAGUUUUACUCUUUUAUUCUCUCUAUUCUAUUUGGUUACAACCUGCUCCUACCUUAAUUGGAGAGCUAAUAGAAUCAAUCCGUAAACCUUCCUUUGCUUCUCGGUAACAUGACAGAUAACCAAGAACCCAUGAUUACAGAUGGGACGAUAACAAAAUUACCAUUGACUAAAUACCAGCGUUGGCAAUGGUGGUUCCUGGUUGCACUUAGCAUAUUCUUCCUUAUUGUUGGCCAAGCUGCUGCUGUUCUACUUGGAAGAUUCUAUUAUGAUCAGGGUGGCAACAGUAAAUGGAUGGCUACUCUAGUCCAAACUAUUGCCUUCCCAAUAUUAUAUAUUCCAUUCUUCAUAAUUCCCUCUUCUCCUGAAACUUCAACUUCUUCAGCUCCUCCUUCCAUCAAAAUCAUUGCCUCAAUAUAUUUUGUUCUCGGGAUAAUAAUCGCUGCCGAUAACAUGAUGUAUUCAGUUGGGCUCCUAUACCUCUCCGCAUCUACCUAUUCACUAAUUUGUGCAUCCCAAUUAGCCUUCAAUGCAGUUUUCUCAUACUUUAUCAAUUCCCAAAAGUUCACUGCUUUGAUUAUAAACUCUGUGGUGGUUUUAUCAUUAUCUUCUGCGCUUCUUGCUGUUAACGAAGACAAAUCAGAACCGUCGGGUGCUUCCAAGAAAAAAUACAUUCUUGGCUUCCUCCUUACCCUUGGAGCUUCCGCGGUUUACUCUCUUUUGCUCUCCCUCAUGCAACGGACAUUCGAAAAGGUCCUUAAAAGGGAAACAUUUUCCGUUGUUUUGGAGAUGCAAAUCUAUACUUCACUUGUUGCCACUUGCGCUUCCAUUGUAGGCCUAUUUGCAAGUGGGGAAUGGCUUACUUUGCACGGAGAAAUGGAGACUUUUGGGAAGGGACAUGUCGCGUAUGUGAUGACUUUGGUUUGGACCGCAGUAGCCUGGCAGGUUUGUUCUGUUGGUGUUGUUGGCCUUAUCUUCUUGGUGUCGUCGCUAUACUCGAAUGUUAUUAGUACUGUCUCUUUGGCGGUAACCCCUAUUGCUUCUCUUGUAGUUUUUCAUGAUAGCAUGAAUGGGGUGAAGAUAAUUUCAUUGCUUUUAGCUCUGUGGGGUUUUGCCUCUUAUAUCUAUCAGAAUUAUCUUGAUGAUACAAAAGCAAGAAAAAGACAAGCUGUUGAACCGAAAUCACGCAAUGAUUCUUUAUGUUGAGACUAAUUAAUUAGGAAGCAUAACCAAAGAGAUGCAAUUAAAUGACCCUUUUAGUUUUGGUUUUGAAUCAUUCAGUGUAGCUUAUGGUUGCUUUAGGUCUUUAUAGCUGGAGUUAGUAUCGUUAUGGUUCUUGAUCAUUAUAGAUUUUGAUCUAUACUUCAUUUGGCUCCUAAUAAAUGUAAAGGUUAUAUUUUGUGCCUCAUUGAUUUAAUUUAAAGUACUCCUUUUUGGAUGGCUUUUGUGAUCAAUUGAAAUUUAAAUUUGGUGGUUUUGUUGGAAA